AUGGGUGAGAACUUCAGAGAGCCGGAUAUUGUGCCACCCUGUAUCUUAACGGUGACCCUUCAUGAGGCCCCUGGCCUGCCUACACUACAUGGUAAACUGCGGUAUGCACUCUUGAAUUACAAUCAAUAUGAAGUGCCAGUGGAACCCUAUCUGGUAUCCGCAAGCGAACCUAGGAUGGUGCAAAAAGAUUACAAUGUCUGCAAAUUCUACGUGACUCGUUUUGCAGAGUUGACCAUUUCCUUCUAUGUCCGUGAUACAGAAGAUGCGCCAGCCGUACUUUUAGGUGCAGCACGAGUGAAACCUUUUGAUAUUUCAAAAACCGCCAAAUCACACUGGCUGCCAGUGGGCCAUGAUUGUGCUGCCAGAUUAUACAUUCUUAUGAAUCUGAAUAUGAAUUACACCUCCUUUCGCCACUUUUCAGGACAUGUUGUUCUGUGCGGCUUUGGUCUCUUUAUCCUAGAGACAAAGAAUAGGGGUUAUACGACACCUAGAGUAGCCGAGUAUCCGGCACCGGAACUACUCCUCGGUAAAGAGGCAACUCGACUAGCAGACUACUGGACAUUGGGAGUCUUCCUCUACAAAAUGCUCGUGGGAGUUCCAUUAUUUUACGACGAAAAUCCUAGUAAGAUUAUGGAAAAGAUCCUCAAACAGCCUCUUGAGUUUCCUGGCAAUGUAUCCGCAGCAGCCAAGGACCUUAUAACUUGCCUUCUUGAUCGCAGGCCGGAGCAACGCCUAGGCGCAAACGGCGCGUCUGAAGUUAAGAAUCAUUCAUUUUUCAACGAUAUUGACUGGCAGGUGGUUCUCCAGCGGAACUACGAACCUGAUUUCAAGCCAGAAUAUACACCUGGCUCUAAUCCUCUAUGCGGAUCCUGUAACUUCACACCAAACCACGUAUCUGGAUUCUUUGAGCAACAUGGUGUGUCUGGAAGCUUUGAGCUACCAGAGCCACCAUCAAUAUUCAAAGAAUUGAACAGCUGGGCUAUGGCCCAAAGAGGGAGGGACUCCAAGAUCCCGGAGACGACUAUUCAAGCGGAUAAUGAAUGGGACCUCGUGUGGAGAGAGGCACAGCCGCAAAGCUUCCAUUUCUACAAUCGUGUCACAGGGGAAACAAGACCAGUUCCUUCUCGUGCUGUCGAUCCUUACACUACCCAGGACGCUGCAACUUAUAGCAGUGUUAGCUCGGAUACCACACCUAGUUUAACGCACAAGUUGGACGCGCUUGAGGCUGCGUUGCAAGCCGGAUACGACCAUGCUGUCUCGGAGCUACUAGAAUAUGACAUAGACUUAAAUGUCGAGAUUUUUGGGCGGGACCGGAAGAGCCCACUCCAUUGGGCAGUCAAGCAUAAAAACCUCCAUCUAGUUUGCCUGUUCCUGGAGCAUGGCGCGAGCGCUGAUUUUGGUGGUCCUGCGUUAAUCCAGGCUGUGAAAGUCGGGCACCUUGCUAUUGCGGAAGCUCUUGUUUUAAAAACGAAUCGGGUGGCCUGUACUCAAUCUUUAGGUCUCGCCGUCGACCAACGAGAUACAAACAUGGUCAGACCUCUCUUAGGCUACGGUGUUCACUGCGACUUUGGAAAGGAUGAUCGCCCAUACCCUCAGCCAUCGUGGGAUCUUAGUUUUGAGGGCUAUGAUGUUUCUCGACCAGAAGAGUUUAAACCCCCUCUUAUCCGGGCAAUCCAGAAGCAUGAAAUUGAUGUAGUUCGGUUAUUACUCUCGCAUGGGGCAGACCCUAAUAUUGCCCUUCAUGAUACUUCCAAGUGUGGUAGAGCUGUCGAACUAGCUAUGGAGGCUGAACAACUAGAAAUAGUACAGCUAUUACUUGACAGCGGCGCAGAUAUUAGUUUGCCAAGUGAUGUUUGGGAGAAGUCGGGGCAUAGAUGUCACAUUUUGAAGAGACCAGUCUAUCAAAAAGUCACAGCUAGGUUGCGAGCGGCAAUGGUCGCACAAAAAAGGCGGCAAAUCCCUAGCUUUCUUUGA